AUGCCCGAACGCUUCAAUCCUGCCUCCACCACAGUGAUGCCUGUCAUUGAAGGGUGCAUGCUCACAAACUUGCUCAAGAAUGCGACCGGCGACGAGGAGAACUCGGAGAAGACGCAGUGCAUGAGGAGCAGAAAGUCGGAUGCGCUAUGGCUACGCAAUCGCCACAGGAUGCAUGUGCAUGAACUUGCUCGCGAGAAGGCGGUCGGUGGCAAGGAGAACUCAGAGAAGACGCGGUGCAUGGGGAGUGGGAAGUCAGACACGCUAUGGCUAUGCAAUCGCUGCAGGAUGCAUGGUGCAUGCGCACAAACUCACUCGAGAAGGGGACCGGUGACGAGGAGAACUCAGAGAAGAUGCAGCGCAUGGGGAGUGGAAAGUCAGACAUGCUAUGGCUAUGCAAUCGCCACAGGGUGCAUGCACACGAACUUGCUCGAGAAGGCAACCGGCGAUGAGGAGAACUCAGGGAAGACGUGGCGCAUGAGGAGCAGAAAGUCAGAUGCGCUAUGGCUACACAAUCGCCGCAGGAUGCAUGUGCAUGAACUCACUCAUGAGAAGGCGGCUGGUGGCGAGGAGAACUCAGAGAAGACGCGGUGCAUGAGGAGUGGGAAGUCAGACGCGCUACGGCUACGCAAUCGCCGCAGCAGAGAAACACUGUUGACAGAGAUGCAUUUUAUCUGCUCCUACCAUGGCCAGUUCAGGCUCACACUCAUGUACCAGAAUGUUUUCAAGGAUGCGAUGCAGGCAGUCGGCAAUGUCAUGGGUCUCAUCAACAGCAUCAUCACCGCCGACCGCACAUCGCUGUCCUGUCUCAAGACAUCAUUGCUCGAUGAAGAUGAAGGCUCCGAUAUCGAAUCCUCAUUCUUUGAUGAAGAAUAUCGAAGUGCUGACAACGAACCUGACGGUAGGCAAGAACAUCAAGAUCCUCUCAUUAUGCCUGAAGACAAUGCAACGAUUGAAGACUUUCGAGCUACUAAUGUUUUCGGACAGGCUCUACGUGACUUGCAGCUGCGCUACGUUUCGCUACAACAGCAGAUGCAAAAGCUCAAAGCACAUAACACUCAAUUGAAGAUAAAGUGUUCAAAACGCGGUGCUCACGCAAACCGUGAUACACAGUCGAAAGUGGUAGUGAAGUAUGACACCAAUAUACGUGCUCUAGGAAGAUGUUUUGGUGUGACCGUGUGGUCCUGGGUUCCUCCUGCAGCCUGGAGCUACACAGAACAUCCAGCCAUUGAUCCUGGAGAUGCUGACCAGUUCACCAAUCAGACAACAAGGGUGAUGGCACUAUCUGCAGAAAUGUUCGACUUUCUUGAUUUUCAAGCAGCCUUCAAUUUUGGUGUGGGACAAGGCAAGGCAACCACAAUUGGCAAUGUACGAUUGUCAGCAGGAGAGAUCUUUGGGUUGCCACAGGAAUGGUUCAGCUCUACAUAUGAUCGUGCUUCAAACCUGGACCUACAGCGGCUUCUGAAAGGAAACGGUGACAAAUACCUUCUUCUCACACCAGUACUGUUCCCUGCUGAAGUAUCCCAGAUUAUCAAAAUUGCGCUAUUUGGCAGAAAUGCCUUGCAUUCUGGCAGACGCUCAGGGCCAAAGACAUCUGGAGAAAAUUGGCAGAUUACUAGUACCACACCCCACAUGGUCGCUUGGGCAGCCAAUCUGGUAGAUACACAAUACAACCCGAAAGGGGCAAGAAGCGGAAUUGAUUAUCUGGGUAACUUUGACCGCUAUCUUCAACUGUUGCUAUCUUUGGAUCUGGCCAGACUAAAGAGCCUACUUGCAUUUCUAAAUGUGCUUAUCUUCAGUGACAAGGCCUCGGUAGUGCACAAUGAAACUGAAGAUGACACAGAUUUAGACGUAAUAGCACAAGAGAUGAAUGCCUGUGCCAUCACCAUGACACGUAAUCCUGUUCCUGUCGCUCCACUCACUCACACCACUGUGACUGAUGAACAUGGCUCAUUUUUCACUAAUACAAUCACUCGAACUAUGGCUCUCGCCCACACGGUUUCCCCGCAUGCUGCUAUAAAUUAUGUGGCUGCAAUUCCCCGAGCACGCUCUGUCCCUGACCAUCAUGCCACCGCUGUUGAAGCUGAUCCCGCUGCUCAUACUCCCUUCACUUCGGCGAUGCGACCCCACCUCAGCCAUCCUCAAAUGGAAACCCCUCUUACUGUGGUGCAGACUCUGUCGUUGGCUCCAGGCUCGAGCUCCCAUGUGAACUAUCCAGGCACCGAAUCUACAGUUGAACAGCAGCUGCCGACGGCAUUCCAGAAGUUGAAUGUGCAGGAUUCCAUUGUGCAGAUGCCUAGGGCUGGGGCUGAAGUCAAAAUGAACCUGCCGAAGUGA